UAAAAAGUGACGGCGGCAAAAUCCGGGUGGGAGCAGCGAAUCUCCCCAAACAUUUGUGGCGCUAAUGGUGGGGGUGGGAACGACCCGGCAGACAGGUAGGGCUGCUUUUUUUCCCUUCUCUCUCCUCUCACAUAAGACGGCGGACACGGAACUAGCAGGCAGGGGAGGCUGUCAGUGAUUGCGCCUGGAAGUGAACGUAGAGAAGGGCGAAAAAGGGGCUAAUGAGGGAGCACCGCGUCUGCAGUCUCUCACAGGGCAGAUGCACGCAGUCCCUUGCUAAACCGGCCCUUGACUUGAUCAUCGACAGAACGGCUUCUUCCUAAAUCGUGUAGCGGAAAAGCGAAUGCCGGAUUCGUCACAGCUGCUGCUGCACCGAUCUAUGGGUGCGACUGCCGCCCAGCCGGCGUCACGCGGCUUCAGACUCAACACUUUACAAGAAGGGCAGAUGACGAGGCUUCUCAGCGAUGCCCCGAGACGACUUGCAUUGUUACAAAAGUUUCCUUUGUUUGGGCGAAACAGGAACUCCUCCUCUCGAACUGCCAUUUGUGCCACACUUUGAAUGUGGCCUCCAUCCCACCCAAUUCAGCAGCACUUGCACGUUUAUGGAAAAGCGGUUUUUAAAUCCGGAGACGAGAAACUUGACGAUACAGAACUUUCUCCGUUUCUGCGCCCAUUCAAACGCAUCAGUCGCAGUCUGAUCGCUAAUGGCUGCAGCAGGGAGGGUCGGGACCCUAAAUGUGAAAGUGAAACGCACUUGAGCUCAGGUGCUGCACUCCACCUGGAUGUCUCAAGUGUGGAGGUAUAAGGACAUAGUUGCGUAUAACAGUUCUGCGUCCUGGUAAUGACAUGUUAGACAGACCGACAGACUUAGGAGAGGCAGGUCACUUAUAUGCGUAAGUCCGAGGAAACCUACAAAAAUUAAUAUGCAUUGUAUUAUAUACAGUAUGUAUGCACCCCGCUGAUUUGCAGUUGCUCUCACUCUUACAACACGAAGUUCUCCUUGCAUCGGUGUGACAGGCUUCUAAAUAAAGAAGGCCAAUGCCGUUAACCAAAUCACCACGAGAGGGCGGCAUGUGAAAAUAUAAUCUACGUGUUAAAGGCUCGGGGGCGACUGCCCUCCUUUCACAAAAUGGGAAACGACGCAGACUCUUAAGGAGCGCUGGUUUAUGAGGCUGGAGGAAAGCGUGUUGUCUUCCGGUGAUGAGAAGAGCCUCACCUUGAGAGGAGAGUCGGACGAUUUGCCGCCAACUCGGCUCCCUGCUCGGAUCAGAGAGAUUGUCACCAGGAAUCUGACUGACCUUGCUGAACCCUCCCCCACAGCCAUGGCGUCCGUUUUGUCACUUCAAGAGGAGAAUCGGAUCCUUCAGCAGGAGCUAUCACGGGUAGAAGACCUUCUGGCCCAGAGCCGGGCUGACCGUGAUGAGCUGGCGAUCAAGUACAGCGCGAUUAGCGAAAGGCUGGAACAGGCUCUGCAGGAGGAGACGGGUGAGAGGGACCGCGACUCCACGGAGUCACGCAGCUUGACCCAGCAGAACAUGGACCUGCGGCGUCGGCUGGAUGAAGAGCAGGCUGCCUACAAGCGGAAGCUCCAGGCUUACCAGGAGGGCCAGCAGAGGCAGGCCCAGCUUGUGCAGAAACUACAGGCCAAGGUCCUUCAGUACAAGAAGAAGUGUGGAGAUCUUGAACAGACUCUUAUGGAAAAAUCUACAGAGCUGGACCAACAGCGGCUAUCAGGUCGACUGGAUAUCUCGACAGGGCGUCUGCGAGCCGAUGAAGAGGAGCACACUAAUGACUUGGAGAACGCUCUUAUCCGCUUGGAGGAGGAGCAGCAGAGAAGUGCCAGCCUAGCCCAAGUGAAUGCCAUGUUGAGAGAGCAGCUUGACCAGGCCAAUGUGGCUAAUCAGGGUUUGAGUGAAGAUAUCCGCAAGCUCACCGUAGACUGGACCAAGGCUCGGGAGGAGCUGGAACAAAGAGAAUCUGACUGGAGACGAGAGGAGGAGUCCUUCCAUAAUUAUUUCAGUAGUGAGCAUAGCCGUCUGCUGGCCCUUUGGAGACAAGUGGUGGGAUUUCGCCGUUAUGUCUGUGAGCUCAAGAGUGCUACAGAGAGGGAUCUCUCUGAAGUGCGAAAUGAGAUGGCCAAAGUCACCCGCAACGCUCAUGCCUCCUGUCUCAACCUGGGCGUCAACCUGCGUACUAACGAGAGUUCAUCAGCCCUGGCACUAGAGAAACACACAGCACAAAUAGUCCAGCUAGAGGAGCAACUACGUGACAAGGUGCGGGACAUGAUCCAGAUGCAAGCCAAAUGUGAUACCGAGAAGGCAGAGCUUAAUGCCAGGCUGACAGGGCUGAUGCUGGAAGCCGAACGGCUGAAGACCCAGAAUGAAGAAAAGGAGCGAGCUAGCACUUCUCUCAGCCAAAGGCUGGAGGCAUUGGAGACUAGUCAAUGCCAGCAGCAGGCUGACAAGGAGGUGGAGGAGAUGGAGGCCCUGAGAACGGAGAAUGACCUCCUGCAGCAGACUCUUCAUGAAGUGAUGCAGGCUGCUCUGGCAGACUCUGAUGGAGGCACAGAGGCGGUUGCUGAGGGAGAUGCAGAUUCAGUCAUCAUGGCCAGAUCCUCCACAGUCCGUUCACCGUCGCCUCGCCGAGGAAUUUCACCACGCCGCUCAGUCUCCCCACGUCGUGUACUGUUUGCAGGAGCAGCCAACCCGACGGUAGACGCAGUACGUGCGGCCCUGUCUAAGAGACAGAUCCAAAUGCAGGAGCUACGAGGACGUUAUGAGGGAGCCCAGGAGCUGAUAGUGUCACUGAGACGACAACUAGCAGAGCGAGAAGCAGAUAGACAGACUCUGGAGCAGCGAAUCCACCAGCUGAAAGAUGAGAUGGAGAAUUCUGACCGUGCCAAGGACCAGGCUCAGAGGGAUGUGGGCAGGUUGAAGUCUUCAGCUGAACACAUGGGCAGCGAGAAGGCGAAUCUGGAAAAGACGGUGCAGGGCUUACAGAAGCAAGUGGAAACAUUGCAACAGGAGUGUGAUAAGCUCCAGCUGGCCCAGGCGGCACUGCAGCGAGAGCGAGACAUCCAGAUUGACGAGAAGGAGGAGGCACUGAAAGAGCGAGAGCGAGCCAGAGCUGAAUGUGAAAGAGGGCAGAAGCAGCUGGAGCAGAGUGAGACGCGCCACUCAGCCCUCAAAAAGGAGCUUGCUCUGGUCAAGGAGUCUCUGCAGAAACAGACAUUGGACAAGGAGGUUUCGGAAACGGAGAAGGCAGGACUGUCUGAAGCUCUGUCUAGGGCAGAAACAAACACUGCAGAGCUGACUCUGGCGCUCAACAGGCUCAAGACAGAGGAGUCCAAACUGCGGGAUUCAUUGGCCAAGAUGAGCUCACUCAAUGAAGGGCUGGCCCAAGACAAGGUCCAAUUGAACAAGAUAAUCAUUCAGUUGGAGGAAGAGAAGACUGUCCUACUAGGGCAGAAACGAGAGGUAGAGCAGGAGAAAGCCUCGAUCCGGGAUGAGCUUGUCCGACUGGAGCAAGAGAAGCUUGACCUGGACACUGCUCGCCAUGGUCUGGAUCAGUCGCUACAGGAUGUUGAGCAGAGCCGCGAGGCCCUGGAGGAGAGGCUGCACACUCUGCGUGGAGAGCGGGCUGAGCUGCAGGAGCAGAUCACGCAGCUUGCUAGGCAGAAGCUGUCUCUGGUCGAGGAUCUGUCCCAGGCUCAGCGUGAGAUUGAUCGGCAAGGAGAGGUUUUAGUGCGAGUUGCAAAGGAGAAAGAGGACUUGACAAAAGAGAAGGCGAGUCUAAUGGUGCAGCUGUCUUCUUCAGAGAGAGAGAACCGGGGUCUGGCUGAGGAGGUGGCUGCAUUCAGAUCUGAGAGGGAAGCCUUAGAAACCAGCCUUUUUGAAGUUCAGCAGCAACUGUCCCAGACUGAAUCGAGGAAGGAACAACUGGAGACUGAGAACCAAACACUUGUGCUAGCCAAGGAGGGGCUGCAAGCGGAGGCAAAAAGAGUGCGUGCUGAGGUGGAAGUGGAACUGGUGAAACUGGAAAGGGACAAAGAACUACUGGCCCAGAAGUUGAACCAGACAGAGCAGGAAUCCCAGCUCGCUAUGCGGUCAGCGUUGACAGCCCAGCAGGAGGACGUGGACCGGCUGACUCAUGAGAAGGAGGCUAUAAGACUCGCACUGGAGGCCGAACGUGACGAGAUCUUGCACAGACUGACAAUGGAACGUGAUGAGGCAGCUUCCCGGCACGAGACAGAGAAGGAGGAGUUGAGGGAGGACAUUGCUGCCCUGCAGCAGGAUAGAGACCAAAGCCUGCUCAUGGCUGAGAGCGAGAAACAGCAGGCUCUUUCCCUGAAGGAAUCUGAGAAAACCAUACUAUCUGAAAAACUGACCAGCAUCCAGCAUGAGCUAGCUAACGCCAACAUGGAGCUGGAGAGGGUGAAACGAGACCAUCAGAGCCGCCAGGAACAGGAGCGUAAUACAGUGAAUGCUUUGACAUCAGAGCUCCGUGAGUUCCGGGCUCAGUUUGAGGAUGCAGUGACAGCACAUGAACGGGAGGUGAAAAGUCUACAUGAGCAAAACAAGGAGCUGGUCCGCCAGAGAGAAGCUGCUCUCCGAGAGGUUGAUGAAGCUCGUACAGCUGUGAGAGUAGCUGAGGAAGCACGGGAUGGUGUGCGACGGGAGCUUCUUGAAACCCAGCGGCGCCUGCGUGAAUCUCAGGAUGGCCAAGAGACACUACGCAAAGAGAUCCUUGAACUGAGAAGAAAUCUGAGCGACCAGGAGAAGGAGAGAGAGGCCUUGUACACGUCCAACACUGAGCUGCGGGACUCUGUCAAGAAAGCUGAGAGCGAGAGGAUCAGUAUAAAGCUGCACAAUGAAGAGAAUGAGCAGAAGCUCUCCAUACUGGAGGAGAGUCGGGCUGCUUGUGAGCGAGAGAUUGGGGAGCUGAGGGCCAAUCUUCGGGAGGUGGAAAAGUCAAGACUGGAGGCACGCCGGGAGCUUCAAGAGCUGAGGAGGCAGGUGAAGCUUCUUGACAGUGAAAAGGAGCAGAAGAGCCGGGAGGUGGCAGAACUUCAGGCCAGAGUCUCCCUUGAUGAACAGAAGGAGGAGGAAACACGGAGAGAGUCAUUUGGACUAAAGCAGAGGAUUAUGGAAACAGAGGCUCUCCGGGAUAGCGCCCGAAAAGAGGUGUCUAAUCUACAGCGUAAGUUAACUGACCUUGAGGUGGAUUGGCGCUCUCGUGAGCGGGAUCUACAGGCUCGGCUUGAGGAAUCCCACAGCAGCGAAAAGAGGCUACAGGACCACAUUCGAAGUUUGGAGCUGCGAGCCGAACAGUCGCGUGCUGAGCUUAGCGAGCUGACUCUAGCACUGAGUGCCGCUCAGGGCCAGACGGCAGGGCUAGAGGCAGAGAUGGCGCGACUUGAUGGACAGAAACGUGAGCUGGAAUUCAAGCUGGGUAGCCUUCACUCUGCCCUGAGUCGCACUUUAGGCAUUGCAGGGCGCGGUCGAGGGAACAGCCCUGCUGUCCGGGGCCGAGGACACUCACCUCGACGCUCGCUUUCUCCACCAAAAGGACUAGAUGACAGCAGAUCAGGUGCCUUUUCUCGUACAGGAACACCGGAACAAAGGCCUCUGUCCAGGCCCACCUCUCCAGACCGCACCGACACGCCGUUCCCAGAACUUGACCCAGAAGUGGUGCGCAGUUCGCUUCGUGAAUUCCUGCAGGAGUUGAGAGAUGCACAGCGGGACAGGGAUGAAGCUCGCACUCAGAAUGGGACUCUAAUCAGACAGCUUGGUGAGAUGGAGGCUGACCGAGACGGAACUCAGCUGAGAGUGCAGCACCUCCAGAAGUCGCUAGCCGAAUGUGAAGAAGUGAAACGAGGAGCCGAAGGUAAACUCAGCUCUGCCCAGACCGCCCUCAUGUUGCAAGAAGAAUCAAUCCGUCGUGGAGAACGGGAGCGUAAGACCCUUCUAGAGAAGGUGACCACUUUGGAGCGGAGUGUCCAGUCAGCUGAGACCGAGCGGCGCAACACACAGGAGAAGCUUAACAAGCUCAAAGCCAUUGAGGCAAGGCUGGAUGCUGAAAGGCGGAAGUUGAAGGAGGCACUGGAAGACGCAGAAAGCCGAGGCACCAAGCUGGAGCUGUCCCGGAGAACUCUGGAAGGCGAGCUGCAGCGUAUGAAGCUUAGCCUGGGAGACAAAGAGACAGAAAUUCAGGCUGCACAAGACCGCAUUGAUAACCUGCAGCGGCAGGUGUCAGAAAGUGAGAUGAAGGCUGGUGCUCUUCGACUGGAAGUGGACCGACUGCACCUGGCCUUGGCCAAAGCAGAGGAGGCUGAAGCUUCACUAAAGGAGCGACUGCAAAGCCUGAGCGGCAGCAUGGCAGAGAAUGCUGCCAGCCAGGCCUCGGCCCAAGAGCGUGUGUUGGCCCUGCAGAAGGCCCUGAGCAACAGUGAACAGGAGCGCCGGCUGCUACAGGAGAGGCUGGAAGGGGCAAAAUCAGCCCUUGCGGAGAGUAAGAAGAGCAUGGCGACAAUAAUGGAGCGGAUGCAGGCCCUGCAAGCUGACUUGGGGGAAGAGGAGCUGAAGCGAGCUGAGCUGGAGGGGCAACUCCACCAGCAACAGGAGCUGCUGAGACAGCGCGUGGAGUCGGAGGAGACUGCAUUCCGCAGCCUGGAAAAGCUGCAAACAGAUCGAACCUUGUCGCAAGAGCGGCUGCGCAGCCUUCAGAGAGCCGUGGUGCAGCUGGAAAGCGAAAAGAGGGAGGCUGAAAGAGCUGCCAUGCGACUGGAGAAGGACAAGACUGCUCUCCGCAACACUCUGGAUAAGGUGGAGCGCGAGAAGCUGAAGACAGAAGAGAGCACCAUGCGCCUAUCUGCUGAAAAAGGCCGCCUGGACCGGUCACUCAACUCGGUGGAGCAGGAACUCAUGGAUGCUCAGCGUCAGAUUCAGUUGCUGCAGGCCCAGCUUGACGAAAUGCAGCAGUCACAGUCCCAAGGCCUGGGCGAGGCCGUGCUGAGACAUCGACAGGAGAUGCAACAGGAGGCUGAGAGGCUGCGGGCAGCUCAGCUACAGGCAGAGAGGACAUUGGAGGCGAGAGAGCGAGCCCACCGGCAGCGGGUCAAGGGGCUGGAAGAGCAGGUCUCUACAUUGAAGGAGCAGCUUCAACAGGAACUGCGACGGCGCCAGCCUCUUUACUCUCACUCCUCCAUCUUGUCCGGUAAUUGAGCCCACAGUGCCAACUGUUGCUCGCGAGUAAGGCGAAAGACUUCCAAGCAUUGCAGACCACAGCAGUAACUCUCAGGUGCCUCAUGCUGCUGCUGCCUCUUUCUCUUCUUCCUGCUUCUUUUCAUGAGGUCCUCCAGUACUCCCCUCAAUAUCCACAAGCCCCCAUCUGCUUGCCUCAUAUCACUGUAGCCUUCUGUUUCUUUUGUUGUGCCCACCUCCUCAAGCACCUCUAUGUUCUGCUACCCUGUGAUUUUGUGCAACAUUAAGAUCAGCUUAGAAUGGCCCCUUUUUGAAGUGCUCCCUAUUACCAAAAUCAAGUCAAGUCCAUGAGAGCUAAUGGCAAGAGGCAUGGCAGGCUUACAUUAUAAUGUGGGUGUGGCCUCACUGACGAGGCUCUCAUGCUAUUGGCUUGUCAGUUCUUAUUGAUGCAUAAGAGGAAGAAAGAAGCAGCCUGCUGGUUUUAUAUUGGAUUUUCAAUGUAGAAGGACAGUGACCUGCAGCAGGCAUGCCAAUUGCUCGAUCUCUUUCAUAUAGUGCCUUUUAUGUGGCAUUAGUAAGCACUGAGUGAUGGAUCAUCUGUUGAAAUAUUUUAUAAAUUAUUUGUCCUUCUAAUUAUAAACUCUGUGGCCAGCAUUAUGAACAAACUCUGAAUAAUUCCAUGGGGUGCACUGGCCAGCAACACCGAAGACGAUCUUUGGCCGCAAGUGAAGACUUUGGCGAUAACCACCCCCCAGUGCCCACCCCAAACACAUCUGGAAUACACCUCAGGAAAAUGGAGCAAUGGAGGUACAAGGUGACGUACACCAUGAAGAGGACAAAAGGCAGCGGAUUAGAACUUUAAACUAAAUGGGCAGGGGGUGUGUGGUGGUCUAAAUUAAUGGGGUUUAUGAUCACUAAUCUGGUGUGUGUGUGCUUUAAACAAAAAUAGAAUAUUUUUACCAUUAUUUAUAGAACAACAAUAUCAUAAAAAGUUAAAUAUUUUAGUCUUUGGUGCUAAAGUUUACCUAAACUGUGAAAACCAGCAAGAACACCGUCCAUUUUGAGCAGCUAUUUCUAACGUUUUAAAUCAUUUUUAGGGGUUUUAUAAAUUUUUUUAGUAUUAGAUGUUUUUAUAUUUACAGCCAUCAUGAAGACCGUGACUUUCUUUUUUAAACUCUGACUAAUGUAAAAGUGGCUUUGUUUGGAGAAUUUUUAACUCAAAAAUAAUUUUAGCACAAAUUGUUAGAUUCAAAAAAACGGUCGUAUUUUAUUAAAAUGUCUCCCAAUAGGGAGUGAUAUCUGAUCGAUAAGAUAUAUAUGAGCAUUUAGAAAUGUGACAAAGGUGUUGAUUCUGCUGUCACCUUAGCACGUGACUCUAUGAGUGUCACAUCUCGCGUCCAAUGUGUCAGCUGCUGCUUUUGCAGCUUUAAAAUGCUUUUGCACCCACUUGAGAAAUGAAAUUUGGGACAGGUCUACAUUCACUUGUCUCUUUUAAAAUACUUCCUUUCGUAUGGUGUUAUUCAAUUCAAGCACUUCUUUUUAAAGUCCCAUGUGGUGUUGCAUUUUGUGAAAGGUGCUAUAUAAAAGGAAGAUUUAGUGUCCACGUAUGUAGUGCUUUUCUCUGGAGACUGGUUCAAAAAUCUGACUUGUUUUGUAGUGCCCUACAAUGGGCUUUUGCCACUAUAUUCCUAAAUUCCAAAAAUCUGAUUAAUUAGGUGAUAUCAACCUAUACACUGUAAAAUGAUUGUGAAUGAGGGAGAGCAGCCAAGAGAGAACAACAGGGAAACAAAGAUACAGCAGUGCAUGGUGGGAGUUGGCAUUCUGGCCACAUUUCACUUGGACCCCAGGUAGGUGUGAUGUGUGCCAGUGCUUGAAGUGGAAGAGGGGAUACUCCAGGUGUUUAAGCUACUUAAGCUCAAAAGAAUUUUAGAGAUGGAUAAACUGAAAGCAUGAAGAUCAUGAAGGAUUGGGGUGGUGUUCCCCUUGAACAUAUAAAAGUUCUCUUUUUGGGCCCCCCUACUAAACUAACCAUUAAGAGGUUGUGAGAACACUUGGUAUGUGCCAGCUGUCUUCAAAUACUCAUGCCAAUACUCCCGGUAUUCCAAAAAGCAAAAUUUAGAAAUACCGCUGACAAUGGGCCAAAUUCAUGCACAGCUGUGUGCAGUUUGUAUUUUUUUCCCAUGCUUGGGUGGGUUUCUAACAGGCACUCCAUCUGAUGUGUCAGGCUAGUUAACCCACUGAGAAUAACUACUGUAUGCCCUGCAUUCAGUCCAGGAAGGUUGUCUCUCCAGUCUGUCUAUUUUAUAGUUCUAUCUGGGAAAGGAAGUGACCCCCAUUCCAGCCAGGACAUCAAUCCAGUGUCUCCUCCAUAUAUAUAUAUAUAUAUAUAUAUAUUUAGAUAGAUAGAUAGAUACACAGACAA